ACAUCACUCUUCAUCAGGGAGGUUCAUCUGCAGUGGAGCCCUGAAGUCUCUGAGUCAUUGAAGUCCGGAAACAAGUUGCAGUGUUCAGACUUGAUCCUCGCCGUGGGACACAACGCUGCCAGGUUCCUGUCAGUGUACGUUCUCACCUCCGCAAACUGGGACGCAGUGGGACACGCAUCGGUGUGGAACGAGCGGAGCCGGGCUGUAACUGGGCACGCCGGCGAGGACUCGUGUGUUUUCUACCGACAGAAGGAAAACCCGACAGUUUUGAUAUGUCAGGUGACUUGCUACAUCGCAGAAGACCAGCUCUUCCAGUGGACAGAAAAGGUACGUUUAUACAGCAAAACCAGUUGGAUGUGAUUUAAUGAUGUUGUUGUGUAGACUUA